AUGAACGCGUCCGGAAUUGCCCUGUGGCUGACGGCGCUGCGCAAGCUCCUAAGGCUGGCUCGCACGGGCCGCAUCAUCCAACGGCUACAAACGAACCUGAACGUCGACUUCGGCGUGAUGAAGAUGUUCAAGUUUAUGGCGUCCAGCGUCUUCAUCUCGCACUGGUUGGCGUGCGUGUGGCGGCUGAUCGCGGACCUGGAGUCGGACGGCGCCAACUGGCUGGCGCGGUUGGGCAUGGAGAAUCAGAGCACCAUCUCAAUCUAUUCCACCUCACUCUACUUCGCGGUUGUGUCGCUCACCUCGACCGGCUACGGGGACGUCACAGCGGUGACGGUGUGGGAGCAGUACUACGUCAUCUUCGUGCUGCUGCUGGGGAGCUACUACUUCGGGUACAUCGUGGGAGAGAUUACGGCGCUCGUGUCGAGCCGCAGCGCGGACGAGAACGAGUUCCACAUGCGCAUGGACCAGCUCAACAAUUUCAUGGAGGACCACCACCUCCCGCCCGACCUGCGCACCAAACUCCGGGACUACUUCCGGUACCGACACAACAACAAGGGCGUGGGAAACUUCCACUCGCUGCUGAGCAUGAUGAGCAAGAACCUGCGCGCCGAGGUGGCUGGACACACCAACGGCGUCUGGAUCAACAAGCUGCCCUUCUUCCGGAGCUGCCCCACCGAGUUCGUCAUCGAGGUGUCCCUGAACAUGGAAAGCGAGACGUUCGCCCCCCAGGAAGCAAUCAUCCGACUGAACGAGCCCCCCGAAAAGAUGUUCGUCGUGCGGAAAGGGGUGGUUGCCGGAAACGGGCGCAUUCACACUUCUGGCAGCGUCAUUGGGACGGACAUGCUGUUCGAGGCCCGGAGCACCCGGCGAGCCCACAGCGCUAUGGCCUUGACGUACUGCGACCUGAUGUCAUUGGAUCGAAAGGUCCUGUUUCAAAUCUUGGAGCAUCACCCGGACGUGGCGGAAAAUCUGCGGAAAGCAUCCAUACGGACGCUCUUUCGAACAGAGGCGCUCGCGUAUAUGCGGGCGGUCAAGCUCGCGGUCGCCUCGCGCAACCAGGAGGUCGUCAUAAGCAAGGAGACUUUCGAUGGGCAGCCCAACGGGGAGAGAAUAAAGUUCUACUUGGACAAGCUAGUGGUGUUGCUACGGAAAGAUCAGGAGGAAAUGGACCGCUUGAAGGACGCCACCCUCAAGAUCCAGUCGGUCUUCCGCGGCCACAGGGUGCGGAAAAAGUACAAGGGCAAGCUGCGGAAAACCGUGGAUUCGCUGGCGAAAUCGGGUCCGGUCCUGCUGACGCGGCUCACGCCAGACUCCGCCUCGAACUUCAAACCGCCGGUCCCCUUACCGCCUGCAAGUGAAGGGGACUUUGUCCGGUUAGAGGAGACGGUGGACCGGCUGCAGCGGCAAGUCUAUGCGUCGAGCAACCGGCACCAGAAGCAGAUUGAAGCAACGCGGGUUUCCUUAGAAAAGCAGCUGGCCGUGAGCAGCCGGGAAAUCAACUCAAGGCUGUCGAAUCUGAUGGAGAUAAUUAGGAACGGUUGAUGCUUUCGACGUCGAGAAAUACGAGUUGACUAACCAGGGGCUACCUUAUUUACGAAGAGGGUCCGGCUUUUACUUCGAUUUGUAAGUUAGGCCUUCGGAGGGACUAAAAUGCAGUGUACGGCAAUUCUGGUAUACUCCGUUAAGAUGUGCGUGUCUUCGAUACUCCUUAUACAAGCGUAGGGUUUGGCUUGCGAUAGGAUAGGGGCGCUUGGCUG